UUGCGCGGCGACCACAGACCUUCAUAACCAGAGCGGCUCCUUCCUGCCGGCGCAACGGUGAACAGGAAGAGCGGCGCUGAUGUCAAAGUGACGCAAAGGUCGAAAUCCCUCUCUCACAGCCAUCUUGGACCCCGAGCCCAGACCUACUAAGAAAUGCCAGGCGAAGCCACAGAAACUGUCCCAGUGACAGAACAGGAGAUGCAGCAGCCCCAAGUGGAGACGGCUCCAGGGGUAGUGAGCACACCUGCCUGUUCUGAGGCAGCGGCUCCUGAAAUUACCAAACCCACUCCAGUGCAGAGUGCUGUUCCUGAGGCCUCUACUGUUAUUCUGGAAACCCAGAAUAAUGCUGAGACUGUAGUGUGUUCUGCAGAGGAAGCAAUUCCAACUAAAACAGAGAUGGCACAGUCCAAUGGUGAAGUGGUGAAACUUGUUGCUGAGGAACAGGCUGUAGCCCAAGCAGCUACUCCCCUUGAUAAAUUUGUUUCUGUAAGUGAAAACUCCAAAGAAACAGCAGGACUUACCCAAGAAGAUGAUGUCCAAAGACAAGAAGAUGAUGUCCAAAGACAAGCAGAUGAUGUUGAAGACCUGAAAGAAACUUUGGUGGAGCCUGAAGCCCAAGAGGCAGGAAAACCUGCCACUGAAACAGCAGGACCUGCCCAAGAAGAUGCUGUCCAAGGACAAGCAGAUGAUGUUGAAGACCUGAAAGAAACUUUGGUGGAGCCUGAAGCCCAAGAGCCAGAAAAACUUGCCACUGAACCAGCAGGACCUGCCCAAGAAGAUGCUGUCCAAGGACAAGCAGAUGAUGUUGAAGACCUGAAAGAAACUUUGGUGGAGCCUGAAGCCCAAGAGGCAGAAAAACUUGCCACUGAAACAGCAGGACCUGCCCAAGAAGAUGCUGUCCAAGGACAAGCAGAUGAUGUUGAAGACCUGAAAGAAACUUUGGUGAAGCCUGAAGCCCAAGAGCCAGAAAAACUUGCCACUGAACCAGCAGGACCUGCCCAAGAAGAUGCUGUCCAAGGACAAGCAGAUGAUGUUGAAGACCUGAAAGAAAAUUUGGUGGAGCCUGAAGCCCAAGAGGCAGAAAAACCUGCCACUGAAACAGCAGGACCUGCCCAAGAAGAUGCUGUCCAAGGACAAGCAGAUGAUGUUGAAGACCUGAAAGAAACUUUGGUGGAGCCUGAAGCCCAAGAGGCAGAAAAACCUGCCACUGAACCAGCAGGACCUGCCCAAGAAGAUGCUGUCCAAGGACAAGCAGAUGAUGUUGAAGACCUGAAAGAAACUUUGGUAGAGCCCACAACUCAAGAGCCAGAAAAAGUUGCCACUGAAGAGCAGGCACUAAUUACUGAGACAGACCCAGUGCAGAGAUUUGUAGCUGAGGAACCUGUUCUUGAAGGAGACGCAGUAGAUGGUCUGCCAGUUUUUCAAGAAAACUUUACUGAACCCCAGGGAGAGGUUGCAUUAACUGAUGACUUGAAGUCUAUGAGUCUGGAGGCCACCAUUGAACAUGCAAAAGAAGAGUUUAGUGAAGCAGCCAAUGCAGUGGAAAUAAAGCCUCUUGAUCAUGCUGUAGAUCCAGCUGUUCAGAAUGAAGUAGUAACCGUGAAAGAAGUCAAAGCCCUUUCUGAGGCUGUCCAGGCGAAGGUGCAGGCUAAUCGUGCUGGCCCUUCUCGCUCCUCUCAGCACCUGUCAGCUAUGCCAGCUGUCCCUGCUGCUGCAGCACCUGCUGCCUCCCAGCCAAAGGCUAAAGGGUCUAAGGCUGACUCCUCUCCGCAAGCUUCUGCACCUAAACCUGUGCCUGUGGGCAGAAGGAAGCGUUCCUCCCUCUCAGCCUCUUCCUCUUCCCCCACAUCCCCAAAAUCAGCUUCUGGUCCUAGAGCCACCCCACCACGUUCCCCACUUGCAUCUCAUUCGGCUGACUGUGCUGGUGCAGGAAAAGCUGAGACAACUGCUCCUAAGGUUGUAAAGGCUGGUAAACAGGCAAAACCCAAGAAAGGAGAUGCUUUUAAACUUGCUGAACCUCAGCAGGUAGCCCCAGCUUCCCCUGCUCCUGAGCCUGUUGCUGUUCCAGAGACGGCUAAACCUGCUGCUAGUCCAGUGGCCACUUCAACUUCACUUUCUCCAUCAGUGGAGAAUGCAGCCCCUGCCUCCCCUAAAGUUGCUGUUCCAAUUCCAGUACAGGUCAAGUCAGCAAAAGGUGCAUCACCUGCCCCUGCCUCCCCUAAAGUUGCUGUUCCAAUUCCAGUACAGGUCAAGUCAGCAAAAGGUGCAUCACCUGCCCCUGCCUCCCCUAAAGUUGCUGUUCCAAUUCCAGUACAGGUCAAGUCAGCAAAAGGUGCAUCACCUGCCCCUGCCUCCCCUAAAUCUGCUGCUCCAACUCCAGUAGAGGCAAAGCCAAUGAAAGGUGCAUCACCAGCCCCUGCCUCCCCUAAAGCUGCUGCUCCUACCCCAGUAGAGGCGAAGCUUGCAAGAGGUGCCCCACCUGCCCCUGCCUCCCCUAAAGCUGCUGCUCCAACCCCAGCAGAGGUGAAGCCAGCAAAAGGUGCACCUGCCUCCCCUAAAGCUGCUGUUCCAACCCCAGUAGAGGCAAAGCCAGCAAAAGGUGCCCCACCUGCCCCUACCUCCCCUAAAGCUGCUGCUCCAACCCCAGUAGAGGCAAAGCCAGCAAAAGGUGCCCCACCUGCUGCUGCCUCCCCUAAAGCUGCUGCUCCAACCCCAGUAGAGGCAAAGCCAGCAAAAGGUGCCCCACCUACCCCUGCGUCCCCUAAAGUUGAUGUCCCAGUUACAGUGGAGGCAAAUCAAGUGAAGGGUGCAUCAGUUGCUCCAACCGCCCCAAAGGUUGCUGCCUCAGCUCCAGUGGAAGCAAAGCCAGUGGAAGGUGCUCCUGCCCCCAAAUCUAAUGCUGCUGUGUCCCCUGUAGCUUUUAAAGUAGCUUCUAAACCUAAUGCCCCAGCACCAAAAUCAUAUUCAGAAGUUGUGGCUUGUAGUCCUCCGAAGGUACCAGAUGUACCAAAGGCAGUCUCUGAGGCUCAAAAGGUGUCUGAAACCCCCAAAACAGUCCCAGCAACUGUUCCAGAAACCGUGAAGGUUGCUGAAGUGCCUGUAGCCCCUGCUGCUGCUUCUAAGGCUAAGGCAGAGGCUCCCAAAAAGAAACCAGAGGUGACUCCUGCUGUUGUAGCAGUACCACCUCCUCAGGUCCCUCCAGCUCAAGACGAGGAUGAUGACCUGCCGCCACUCAUUCCGCCUGAGAAACCUUUAACAAUGCCUGUUUUCCAACCACAACCUGUGGCAGCAGCUCCACCUAAAGUAGCCCCUGUAAUUACCUCUGUUGCACCCCCAGCUGCCCCCACUGCAGCCUCAAAAGCCCCCACUACGGCCACUAAAGUUCAGCCUGCCCCUGCCCCUACAGCAGUCAAAACCCCAUCCAAACCGGAACCAGCUAUCAAGAACGACAAGGGGUCCGGCACUGAAUCCGACAGUGAUGAGUCCGUUCCUGAACUGGAGGAGCAGGAUUCUGCACAGACACAGCAGGCACAGCUUGCAGCUGCUGCUGAAAUCGACGAGGAGCCUGUUAGCAAAGCCAAACAAAGCAGAAGCGAAAAGAAAGCAAGAAAGGCAAUGUCCAAACUGGGCCUCAGACAAGUGACGGGAGUUACCAGGGUCACAAUUCGCAAGUCUAAGAACAUUCUGUUUGUCAUCACCAAACCAGACGUAUACAAAAGUCCCGCUUCAGACACUUACAUUGUCUUUGGUGAGGCUAAGAUCGAGGACCUGUCUCAGCAAGCACAGUUGGCUGCUGCCGAGAAGUUCAAGGUCCAGGGAGAAGCAGCUUCAAACAUCCAAGAAAACACACAGACGCCCACAGUACAGGAGGAGAGCGAAGAGGAGGAGGUUGAUGAGACCGGGGUGGAGGUUAAGGACAUUGAGCUCGUCAUGUCACAAGCCAAUGUGUCACGGGCAAAGGCUGUACGCGCACUGAAGAAUAACAACAACGAUAUUGUCAAUGCCAUCAUGGAAUUGACGAUGUAGGCGGAGAUCAGAACGGGUCAAAAUGGGAUGUUGCUGAAUUAAUCUACACUAUUUGUACAAUUUAUACCCGAGAAAAAUAAAGUUGUGGCUUGAA